AUGGGUGUACUUCAAAAAUGCGUCGAUCACGUUCAUGAACGUGAUCCUGAGCCGAUUGGUUUCAAAGAGACGUUGCUGGGUCAUCAAGUGGAAACGAUGGACGCUCUGGAGAUGUUGGCAUCGUGUUUCAUGACGAUUUCCGAUUUCUCCAUCACACAACUACAUCUCAAUCCUGAGACAUUUCUCGUCAUACUCGCUUUCUUGACAGCCACAUCUCUAUUUGUGAAAGGUCUUUUUGCGUUGAUGUUGGCUCGAGUCGAUGAACUUGACACACUGACACCACUCAUCACCACACCAACACAAACACCUGUUGACACUACACCACAAAUUACACGACCAACACUACCUCAAGCGGUCCGUCUUACCUCAUCGGAUAGCCCUCCACCACCACGUCGUUCAAAUCAUGGAAAGACGUUGAUUGUACCGUUGAACGCUAGUCGAUAUCGAGUGCCAGUCACCCCACUACUCGGCACUCCGGACAGCCGAAUAACGUCGUUCGAAGCCGGUACGACGAAAAGCUGUGCAACAAUUCCUGAGGGUGACGAAGACGAAUCGCCCAGCUCUGAGCAAAUCGACGACCUGAUCUCCAUCGACAGGAUUCCCGUGCCAACGUAUUCACCUCCAUCUGUGCCUGAAUAUCAUCAAAACUGCGUUCGUCAAGUACCACUUGAAACUAGACAUCAUCUAGCCAGUCCUGACGGGGAAUGCUCUCAUAUGAAUAGUAUAAGCAGCCUCAAUUCCACUGGUUCACCAAUUGAUAUCACCGGAUCGUUCAGUGAUAGCUGCUACGUGAACAGCGACGUGAUUUCUUCCGCCAAUGGAUCACAAGUAGUAGACGAUCAUCUAUGCGCUACUGAAGCUGAGGUGCAAUCCAAAUACCAUCUACAUAGAAUCGAAGAGGAGACCGAGACGAUUGAUGAUGGCAUGCGAUGUGCCCGUACCGUCUACAGUCAGAAUAGUCUCGAUCAGGAACGAAAUGUCGUUAUACCACGCAGUAUUUCUGAACAGGUACUUCUAGAAGGAAAAAACCUUUACCAAUAG